AUGACGCCUCUUACUACACGUACCCUGGAUCUCUCCAGCAACUUCCUCUCGGUCCCUCUGCCCGACGGGGCAUGCAAGCCUCUCUCUUUUGAUGCCAAUUGCUUCACGCUGCCGCUUGGCUGCACCUUGGUCACGCAGCGGCAGGAGGCAGCAUGCAAUGCAUUCUGUGGCGUCUCCCCUGCUGUUGGUGCUGCUGCUGCGUGUGGUGGACAUGGGGUGUGCUAUCCAGAGGGGGCUAGCUUGGCACCCACAUGUCUGUGUGAUGUGGGAUUCGUGCAGUUUGGAGAGAUCAGCUGCGUUCCUCAAGGCCAAAACAGGAGUUACUCAAGCAGCCAGCCGAUUCUCCUCCCAGCAUCUGUGCUCACCAAGGGGACGCAGCAAGAGACGAGAGGGAGCUUCACCGCAGCGCCGAUGACGCUGUUUGUGUACGAGGCAGGGCAGGCGGCGUUGGGGUGUGGGCUGGAGCUCGCCUUCCACGCCAACUUCACCUUCUCCCUCUCACCUCAAUCUGGCCGCGUGGGCUCCAAAGGUUUUGCCUUUGUCGUCUCGGCGACGGACCACGUGGGGAGCGGCGGCGGUGUGGGGUAUGGUGGAAUGAACAAACGGAGUGUGGUGGUUGAGUUCGACACUCGGCAGGACAAGCAGCACGGGGACAUGAGCAGCCAGCAUGUGGGGCUGAACAUUCGAGGCGAGGACAAGUCCAUAGCUGCUGUCUUCCUGGCUGACUCGCAGGAGAAGCCACAGCAGGCACUGCUGGAGAGGAGGCUGGCGCUAUGUGAGGUGCUGCAGGGUGCAGCCGAGCAGCCCGCCUUCUUCUUUGGCUUCGUGACGUCCACCACUGUGAAGCCGUUUAAGCGGCACGUCAUUCUUGAAUCUGCAGUGGACACAGGUAAGCAGUGUGCACUGCUAGGGGGAUGA